AUGUCUUCCCCUGAUAAGAAUGCUUCCUUGGACAACCUUCUUCGCCGGACUAACUUUGACUGGGCUGAAGAUGUUGAAGACACUGUAGCUAAGGCUAAUCUACCUAUGGCCAUGUCGAAGCCUAUUGAUUACCGUGUGCCCAAGCCUGCCUGGUAUGAUGAAUGUUUCCCGACCCCCAACCAUGUUCCCACCCCCCAAUUCCAGCCAUCCUGUUCAACCCUAUACGAAGAGGUGUGGGAUGAGCUGUGGGGCUGGGCUCAUGGAACUACAGAUUCCACCUCAAGCUCACCCGAAGAAACCCAGACUGAGUUCAAUGAGACCACUAGUGCAUCUUCGUGUUACGAGGAGCCAUUCCCCAAAGACGGGUUUCGUCGGGAGCGAUUGAUACCCAACGCCGAAUCCGAAGUCUAUUCGAUUGCACAGCAGUCUGUCAAUGACAUCUUUGCUGACCGUCAAGCCUGGAUGGAAGCCGACGAGGAAAUUCAUCAUUUCAACUGGAUGGGAGUGCGAGCUUACACCCAUAGCGCAACUUCCCCCAGUGAUUCGCUUGCCAUAAUAUUAGCGAACCCUAAGAAUCCCCAAGGAAGCGCCACCUGGAGAAUUCUAUCACUUCUGAACCGAGCGGGAGACUACGUAGACCCUAUUCUUGUACUUCUGGAUGGCACCGACAAUGCGUUGUUCGAGCUCCGGGGAUCAGAGCUUGUACGUGCAUCCACUGGACGUGUCUUCAAGUAUUAUUCUCCCCAUGGGAGAUGGAUGGAUGAUCCGGAAGAUCCGAGCGAUGAAACUACGAUCGAUUUUGGCGAUGUGCGGACUUACGAUGCCCCAGAUUUGGCCAUUGGAAAUGGCUUCGUGGAGUCCAGUGCUAUUCGAUCAGUGUCCCAGUGGGCAGAGUCUCGGAACCAAGCCUGUGAUGACUCUUGGGGUGGGCUUCCGCGGAGGCCGACUUGGGAGCCGAAGCCUUCACCUUUGAGCCAAUACGAAUCCAUCUUACCAGAGAUAACCCCCAAUGUACCGCAGCCAGAGACCACCAAGGAAACAAAGAAGCCACCUCGCAAGAUAACGACUUGUAUUGUUGGGACACCACCUGAAGAGUAUUUUUCUUUCCCAACUCCUGUUUUUAAUCGUCGUAGGGGAAUCAAGUACGCAUUUGCAAAGGCUUGUCAGGGACUGGUAUCAGCGCUCAUAUCAUUGAAAGGUAAGUUCAGUUAG